AGCACUAGAUCAUCCAUACAAGAUUUGCACACGACGCAACAUCCGCCGGAAGAAGACGUGUGCUGCAAUGGUAUUCUGGGAUAUGCCUCCGACAACAUGUCCUUGAACUUUCCGUGUCAAAACCGGCCAUGUUGCAACAGCAGUGAUACCGUUGCAGUGGUGGCCAUCGACUUUGCUAUGGGCUUCAAGUUUCAGUGUAUGCCACGCAGGAGCAUCCAGCCUCUCUGCUAUGAAACUGGAACGGAAGUUCGAACAACCAAUCAAGACCCCGAUUUCAUCCCACGGACCUGCUGCCAGGGGUUAAAGUUCAAGGUUGUGGUCAACCAAUGGUACGCUGCUAUGGUUAUCAAAUGU